AGCGGCGGGGAGAGGAGAAGUAGUUAAAAAUAGUAUAAACAGAGACUCUUGAUUCUGUAACGAAUUGUCAUAGAUUGUACACAAACUUUAUUUGAUACGGACAAACAAAACAAUUCAGUGGAGGGAAACUCGCAUUUCGGUUACGUUCUUUGCGAAAAGAAAUCGGGACAAGUUAAAUUAAUGAUGCAGCGAUAAAAUAAAAUGAAAAUUAGUCAUAGUGGAUGUAUCCUGCUAUAUUGAUACAAUCGGGAUAUUAUACGUGCGAUUUUUCGUACAACAGAGAUAAGUCCCUUCUAUUUCAACUGGCACUGAGAUCGAAUAAGGUAAGGUCCAACCUUAAUGCCAAAGUUACGUGUCGCGAUGCUCAUUCAUAACCAUUCGUGACCCGAGGCCCUCAAGACGAUAUAUAGAUACUCGUCAGUAUCCUGGAUCCACGAAAUCCCCCUUUCAAUUGGAACGUACUUCGAGUACAACCGAGUACAUCCCAAAUGACAAAUACCAUGGGUGGAGCACACUUAUGUAUGCCACAGUCCAUCUUUCAACAGAUGAUGGAUCAGCAAAAUCCGCAGCAGCGACAAGUUGGAUCUUGGAUGCAAAUGCCACAGGUACCGCCAAUAAGUAUUCCGUGGAGCGUGCCAGCCCUACAACAACACGAGUUGAUUAGAUUUACCGGAGAAACCAGUUCUGGGCCAAUACUGCAUCAAAAAAGAAAGUUGGAAGCACCAGAUGUUGUAGAUAUGCAUCAAAGCAAGCAGUUUAUAACAGAGGAAAAAAUGACUGCACAUUUCAAAAGCUUGCGCAUUAGUUCCAUUCAAGAAACUGAGAGUCCAGUGCCAUCGACUUCCACAUCAUCUUGUUCUCAUAGGCAAUUGGAUAUGGAUCUGGAUGUUGAUGGGAGAAAUACAAUAAAUGGUGAACAACUGACUGGCGUACAUCCGAGGUUAGUCCUUUCAGAGGAACUCAAGCGAAUACAAGAAGAACCUAUUUUGCCAUCAACUCUUCUAUCUAAAUUAGAGAGGCCUUCCAUGGCUGUAGUCCUAUGGGAGCCACCAAAUAGACAUCUUCGUAUCCUGCCAACGCGAGAUAUUCCAACACCAAUCCCAAGUACAUCAGGCGACAGUAAUAAUAAUAAUAAUAAUAAUAAUAAUAAUAAUAAUAAUAAUAAUAACAACAACAACAACAACGAUGCUACUCCUGACUUAAAUAACAUAACAUCUAGUGCCCUAUCAGCAUUUGAGCCAAUGGAAUUAUGAAAAUCUUUAGAUCACUAAAGCACACACAUUUUAUCUCUAUAUAUAUUAAAAAUAAGAAAAAUAUAAAUAUAAAUAUUGUAUUACUCUAAGCUGAAAACGUUUCAAUAAUCUAUAAGAUGUAAAGUAGAUUAGACUAAGGGAUGAAGAGUAUGAAGCUUUGUAACAUGACUUAUCUCCUGUUUGUAAAAUAAUUGUUUGAAUGAUAAUUGAAACGUGAAUUCGAAUGUAAAUUGGAAUUUGAUUUUUGAAACGUAAAUUUGAAAUGUCGCUAUUUUUGUUCUAUUCUGAUUGUGAAUGUUGCUUCAGUGUAUUUUAUUUGGAUUUUACUAUUUAAAUAAGAUAUUUUUCUCUAUUGUCAUACGUAUAUAUACAUAUAUGUAUAUACGUACAUAUGAUACGUAUAUUCUUAUGUGUAUCAUCAGUUUUUGUGUAUUACAGUUUUUCUUAUUUAUGUUAUUUAUGUAAUAUCCAUACAAGAAAUUUAUGUUGAAUAAUCGUAAAUUAUUAUUAUUAGAGAUUAUUUUUACAUACAAACACUAUAUAUAUUGAAUUAAUAUAUAUUGAAAUCGGGAAAUAAUUUAAUUCUUUGUUGAAAGAAAGAAUGUAUCUAUCAUUUUUGAUUUAGCAUUUAUUCUUUUUCUUUUCUCUUUUAAUAAAACAAAAUUUUAAGAAACUUAUGAUAUAUAACAUUUAUAUAGUUAAUAUAUUUUUAUGAUUUAUAUUUUACAUGCAAUGUUGAGCGAAUAAAAGCUACUAUUAAAUAAUAAAUAAUUAUGUAUGUCUAUUGUGAAUGAUUGAAUACACAUAUAUUAAUUUUACAUUAAAACGAUUAUAAUACAAUAAAACACUGUAUUCAGAUUU